UCACUUUCUCAGGAGGAGAAAUGAAACCUAAACGCCACGGUAGGAGCUGACCUCUUUUUUUUUCUCUCUCUCUUUUUGUGAGGGGUUAACUUUUAUUUUGUAAACUUGCGUCGUUCCACAAUCGAUAUUUCUGCUAACAUAAGGAUCGAAAGAAGACGCCGAUCACUACGCUUGCGUACGAGCCACGUGCCAGACGUGUCCGUUGACAGCCAUGGAGCAAUGGCCGCGCCUUGAAUGUCCGUGGCGCUGCGAAUAGACCGGCCGCUGGCAAGGCGAUCCCUCCAACACCAGACAAGGACGCUGUUCUCCACAGGCACCUGCUGCGAUCCGCCUGAAGAUUCCGUCAAGAAACUCGUGCCGUGCUGAUGCUUGCUUGCCGCUUGAAGACACCGUUUCUGCCCAGUGAAAGAUGACGGUAAGCUGACUGAGCUGCCAGAAUCCUUGAUCGCUCGAUGGGAAGAGCGCGGACUGGAAAGAAGUUUCGCGUGGACAAGUUUAGCACAGCUUAGAAACGGGAAUUCAAGUCGCUGCUUCUGGAGAAACUGCAUAGGUCCGCCUGUCGAAGGGAGCGUCCUCUUGUAGCCCGUCAACCAGAUGAUCAGAGCCCGCCACGACAACAACGAAAGGAGCCAGCAUGUCCCUCCCGAUAUCGCAGCUAUACAAGGGCCCGCUGUUGCCGCCGCGAGACCUGCGGACUCUGAACUGGAAGCUUGCCGGCAACGUGCCAUUCAUCGCGACAGUAAUUUUGUGUUACAUCUACGUCGUCAAGUUCAUCGGGCCCAGGUUCAUGAAGGGGAGAGAGCCUUUCAAAUGCCUGCGGCCUCUCAUCAUGAUCCACAACGCAGCCAUGAUCUUGGUCAACGUGUACUUCUUGUUCGCCAUCGGAUCCCGUACUCACUUCGGCGGCGGCGCCAGCUUCUUUUGUCAAGGGCUCGAUCGCAGUGGUUCCGUGAACAGCUUCGAAGUUGCAGAUCUUCUCUGGUGGUACUUAAUGGUUCGUAUAAUCGACUUCCUGGACACUGUGUUCUUCGUACUCCGCAAAAAGGACUCGCACGUCUCUGUGUUACACGUCGGCCACCACGUCCUGGUCGUGUUCACUGGCUGGUUCGGCAUGACCUACGGGCCUGACGGUCAGGCCUUGCUCAUGAUUCAUGUGAACACAUUUGUGCACGUCGUGAUGUACACCUACUACUUCUUGACGCUGCUGGGACCACGCUUCCAGAGCUACCUUUGGUGGAAGCGCUACUUGACUCAGCUUCAGAUCGCCCAGUUCAUCUUCAUGCUGGUUCACGCGCCAAUACCCUUGUUCGUCGACUGCGGCUAUCCUUUGGCGCACGUGCUUGUCAUCAUGAGUCAAGUGGCCUUCUACUUUUUCAUGUUCGUGCGCUUUUACGUGCAGUCCUACCGGAAACGCUUGAAGAGUGCCUGAGUGAUCUUCCCCGCUUCUAUCGCGCCUGCUGCGACCAGUACCACUGCUACAGCUGUCUUUCUUCUUUCUUUUUUUUUUUAAUCGCGUUACGGUCCCGCAUUGUUGUGUGCGUUUUGGCCUCUGUGAGCUCGGACAUCGACCUUUGUGAUAUUAAAGCAGACCUGACAAAGUGCCGCGAAAUAGUCUUGCAUGAGAACAUGAUGAGUGGCAGUGCAUGCUCGGCGUACAACCCAUGAGAAAGUGAGCUGUUCAAAAGCUAGUUAACUACGGUUGACGCGAAUGGCUCGCCCACUCUCGAAGCUCGAAGGUCGCAAGUUGGAACAUUCUGUUGCUCAUCAAAUGCAUUCCUUGCUGCCAUCUUCACAGGAACCAAUGAUGCAUCAAGUUUUCAAAGAUAUGUCAUGAGUUUACGGAUGGUCGGUUUGCUAACGCAUUAAAAGAAGAGUGUGCAAACUACCAGGCUUUGAACCUCCGGAUGCCGGGGUAAGGAUGCGAUAAGCUGUCUGCACAAGUGGGCCCCUUAGCGUAGCAGUGCCAACAGAUGUCGGAAGAACGAAACUAUGCCGUGCUGAUCAUAGUUGGGCAGACUUCCUACACAAACCACAAAACAACAUGAAUUGCACAACCAGCUGCAGCUACGAAACAUUAGUUGUCAUGGUUGUUUACUGUCUCUGUGUGAGGUAUUUUCUUUUUGCCUUGCGCUUCUGCUUUUCACGGUGGACAACAACGCUGUGCUCUUGAAUCAUGUGUCUUGAACAGUGAAGUGGCCUCGAUGAUCGUUUCUUUGGUGCUGUGGGGGA